GUUGCUGGAUUUGGGAUCAACAGGUGGCAGCUCGUUAGGGAUAAAAAUAUUGGCAUAAGUCUACGAAGCGAUUCAACUGUAAAUGUUGUAAAAGUAAGGAAGGAGGGCGCUUGCUCGCUUGCUUUCUAACUUCUGCUCUGGGCUGCCAAAAGCCAGGCUGGCUUGCUUCCCAUUCCCUGAUGUCUGGGAAUGCUGCCUUCGUCACCCGAGAGAGGUUCCCAUCACUUGGAGCUUCUCCCCCAGGGCCUUACAGCCCUUGUGCUUUCUUACAGAAGGAGGCCAGAAAGCCGGAGCAGGGGAGUCUGGAGGACCUGGCUGAGUCUAGGGGCAGCGAUGAGACGGACAGGCCAGAGGCACUGUCCCCACAGCCUUCCGAGCCAGUCUGCAUUCAGCGACGGUCGCCUCUGAUCCGGAACCGCAAGGCUGGCUCCAUGGAGGUGCUGUCCGAGUCCUCCAAAUCUGGCGGGUACCGCCUCUUUUCCUACUCCAGGCAUUCGUCCGAAGGGAAACAGAGCGGCUUAGGGUCACAGUGCUCGAGGCUCUUCAGCACCACCGUCCUGGGAGGCUCCUCCAGUGCCCCAAAUCUUCAGGAUUAUGCUCGCAGCCAUGGGAAAAAGUUUGCCUCCAGCUUUCUAUACAAAGAUGAGCUCUUGUCUAUGCCAGCCAUAAAGCGAUUUUCUGUGUCAUUUGCAAAGCAUCCAACUAAUGGAGGAGACAAGGAUCACUCUGCUGCCACAGGUGUAAGGGGCAGAGACAGGUCACUUCUGCACUUCUGCAAGAAAUUACGUCCACUGACCCUGCAUGAAGUCACCAGGGGUUGAGGUUAGUUGUAAAGAGACCUGACUUUGAGGAGGGGGAAGUGUCUCCUGCCCUGUGGAGGUCCCACAAAAUGCAGUGGGAAGGGGCAACAUGCCCAUCCCCAGGAGGCAGCCCCCCCAUCCCUCUGCCAGUUCACAUUGCCAGGCAAUAAGAAGCUCCUUUGCCUUAGCAUACGAAGGUUUUUCUGGAACAUGGGGGAAAGAUUCUGGAAAUGGUCAUUCCCAAACUUUUCCCCAAGAACAGGAACGGGAGCCUUUUCCUGGUCAAGGGUCCCUUUCAACAUGGAGGGAGGGCUGAGUUUUCCAAAAACAGCAGAGUCGUGGUGGAGCAGGAGAGGGACCUACUUUAGGGCUGAUACUCUGAAAGUAGCCUUUUCAGGAGUCAUGUUUAGAGUGGGCUUCCGAGCCAUAAAAAGGGGGUCUGAGAUCACCCUUGAAACACAUACCUGAAUCUCAGUCCUGUUUGUAAGCUUUUGUAUUCCUCAUCAUGUCAUAUUUUAUUUUGUGACAGAAAGGGGAGCAUAUGACAAAAUGGGGAGACAACACAAGUAUGCCACUCUGUCUUGGAGCUGUCAUAUUGAUCUGGAUACUUCAAAAUUAAUUGUUUUUACCUGAACCUCUCAAACAUGGCUGAAGGACAUAACAAUCGAACUUUUUGGUUUUUAUGUGUAAAAAUUGGGUCAUACUCUCAGAAGGCCAAGGAAUGUGCUUGCAGAUGCCUGAGAAAGCCGGCCUCUUUCCUCAUGAGGUAUUAGAAGGGUUUGCUCCCUCUGAGAGUGCUUUCUAAGUACCUGGUAGAAUUGCUUCAGCAGAUGUGGUUUGAGGCCCAGCCAACAUCCCUGUGAGGCAGCGCAUGGUAUCCUCAAGUUGGAGGAAGCUCCAGGUGGCCUUGUUUCAAAGCUUGCCAAGAUCUCAAUUCUUAUAUGGCCAAUUCUUCUCUCAAAGGAUGGGAGAUAUCCUGAGAUAACUGAUUGGGUGACCUUAGCUUGCUGCAAGUACUGAGGAUGAAAGAUUGCAAAAGGAAUGAAAUCUAGAGCAGUGUUGCACUGUUGGUAUCUGAAUCUCACCACAAUGGCCAUAAACAACCCAGAAACUUGCAUUUUAUGUUGUAAAAGGUAAUAAGUAGAGCUUCUGAGAGUUUUCUGUAGAUUUUCUCUAGUUUAGGCCAAAAAGAGGGAAGUUGUUAGCUGGUCAUCACCUGGGUUGCUCUUUGGUUGCAAGAUCAACAGACUUCCUUUGACAGCGACUGGCUCUGACAUGGAUCAACUCCAAUUUUGCUCAGCUGAGUCUGCACUCCUUGUGGGGUGGGGAGACCCUUCUGUGAAGUUUCAGGUUGAAGGAACUCCAAGGAACCCUGAGUAGAUUUUUUAACAUGGGAAGAUUGCUUUGUGGUGCCCAAGCAAAGCUUGGAGGGGGCCAAAAAUUGCUGGGAUGGCCAAGAAAAGGGUGUGUCCUCAGCUUGGCAUCUCUCCAGAAGCGCUUGAAGUUCCUCUUCUCUCUGCUUUGCCUGUUCCGUGAUGAGGAUGUGGAUGGGAGAGGCCUUUCCCCAUCUGACUGCACCCUUGUGCCUCAGCCCAGCCUGUUUCUGCUUUCUGUGGUAGUCCCUCUGUGUACUUUGCUUAGGCGACAGGGUGGCGGCAACAGGGUGGCGGCGGCAGGGCCUCCUUUGCCUCCCCCCACCUGCAGUUCUUCUGGAAUAAAAGAGCCAUGGCAGGAGUUGGUGUACUUGCUGAGUAUCAAGGACAGGCUGGCAGGCAGAGGGUGUCCCCAGGACAGGAUCUCUUCUUUGAGCCUUGCCUGCUUUCUGCCCCUGGCAUCCAGAAGACCUCUCAAAGCUGCGCUGUUGGCUUUCCUAUUCUCUCUCUCUCUUUUUUUAAUAGUAAUU